CUCCAGCCGGAAGGAAACUGUGUUAUUGUCGUAAGCAGUGCGUUCGUCGAAGUGUCCAACUUGCGCACUUCUACGCGGAGGACGUGGGGGGGUUUAAAGUGGAGCGAAGAAAGCAAACAGCCGAGCCACUUCACCCACAUCGUUUCACGCACUCGAUUAAUAACUGGAUUCCGGGGACACAAUGGGGUCCUCGAAGAAACACAAGGAAAAGAGCCGCGACAAGGACACGGAGGACCGGCGCCGUGAACACAAGAAACAUCGCCACAAGGAGCGAGACGCCUCGGAGCGGGACGCCACCCGGGCCAAGGACAAGCGGAAGCGCUCCAGGUCCAGAGAUAGGAGCGGACGAGAGGGUCGCAGCAAAGGGGACAAGGGCAGCGGUGAGCCCCGGGUGAAGAAGGAGAAGGAGGACGCUGCAUACGAGGAGAGCCAUGCAGAAGUGCAGCCUCAGUCUGCGAGCGGAGACGCGUCCCUCAGCAUCGAGGACACGAACAAACUCAGGGCCAAGCUGGGUCUGAAGCCUCUGGAGAUGAACGAGAACAAGAAGGAGCUCGGUACCAAGGAGGACCCGAUGGUGGCCGCGACCAUCAACCCAGUCCUCAUCAAGAAGCAGAAGGACAUGAGAGAGAAGCUCGCCGCUUUGAAGGAAAAACGCAUCCUGAACAAGAAAUUGGGGAAAGUGAAGACCCUGGCUGAGGAAGACUGGGUGGAUGACACGUCUGCUUGGGUGGAGAGAAGCAGAAACAUGGCAAAGGAAAAAGAAUUGGCGGAUAAAAGAGCCAAACUUCUGGAGGAGAUGGACCAGGAGUUCGGUGUGAGCAGCCUGGUAGAGGAGGAUUUCGCUCAAAGCAAGAAUGACUCCUACACGUGUCGAGAUUUGAAGGGACUCAAGGUGCAGCACAAGGUGGAGUCCUUCACCGAGGGUCAGACCAUCGUCCUGACCUUACAGGACAAAGGUGUGCUUGAGGAGGAAGAAGAUACUCUCGUGAACGUUGGGCUGGUGGACAAGGAAAGGGCAGAUAGGAACGUGGAAUUGAAAAAGAAAAAGCCAGAAUACAAGCCUUAUGAAGAAGAUGAGAGCGUGGAUGACAUGAUUACGUUAAAGUCUCACUCUGUUCUUUCAAAGUAUGACGAGGAAAUUGAUGGCGAAAAGAAAAAGAGCUUCCGGUUGAAUACUGGGGGCUUUGCUGACGGGGAACGAGAGCGGGAGAUCCAGGCCAUGAGAGAGACUCUGCGAAACCAGGCCCAGACCUUGGAAAUGCCUGCCCUCGCCAUCGCCUCAGAGUAUUACACACCUCAGGAAAUGGUGGGCUUCAAAAAGAUAAAAUCCAGAGUGAGGAAGAUCAGGAAGAAGGAAAAGCAGACAGCUGCAGAUGAACUUCGCAUCGACGACACCCGCAGUACUGACUUUGGCUCCAGAUCACGGGGUCGGGGCCGCAGAAAGGUGGAUAUUGAUGGCGAGGAAAUAAAGGAGGAGGAGGGGGAGGAGAAGGAGAAAGAGGAGAGCAAACCGCCACACAUUAUCCCCCUGUUGUCCGAUGACAUCAGAAUGGCAGAAAUGGAGAUGAGCGAUGAUGAUGAUUUCACACCCCCCGAGCCAGCUGUAAUUGAGGAGGACGAGGCCGAGCUGGAGCUGCAGAAACAACUGGAGAAGCAGAGGAAGCUGAGGCAAAAGCAGCUCCUCAAAGACUCUGGGGAGAAGGUGGCAGAGCAGAUCAAAGAGCUUGAUAAAGGCGAGAGUGACAAUGAUCCUGAAAGGAAGAACAACAUUGUUUUCAACGCAACCUCAGAGUUCUGCAGAACUCUGGGAGAUAUUCCAACUUAUGGACUGUCCGGUAACAGAGAGGACCAAGAAGAAAUUAUGGACUUCGAACAGGAGGAAGAGAAGGAUGAUGCUGGAGGCUCGGACUCAGAAAUUGAUGAAAAUAUUGGAUGGAGCACAGUUAACUUGGAUGAGGAGAUAAAACAACCCGACUUCGCCACAGCCUCUGCCACCAUUUUAGAUGAAGAGCCCAUUGUCAACUCCGGCCUUGCUGCUGCCUUGCAUUUGUGCAAGAACAAAGGUCUGCUGGACACUCAAAUGCAGAAGGUGGCCCGCGUCAAAGCAACAAAGGGCGCCCUGCCCAAUGACAACUACUGCAUCGAGGACAAAAUGGGCUUUGAUGACAAGUACAGUCGCCGAGAAGAAUACAGAGGCUUCACACAAGAUUUCAAGGAGAAGGAUAAGUACAGGCCUGAUGUUAAGAUUGAGUAUGUGGACGAGUCUGGGCGGAGACUCACUCCAAAAGAAGCUUUCCGGCAACUUUCUCACCGAUUCCACGGGAAAGGGUCUGGAAAGAUGAAGACGGAGAGGAGGAUGAAGAAACUUGAGGAGGAGGCCCUGCUGAAGAAGAUGAGCAGCAGUGACACUCCUCUGGGGACCGUGGCUCUGCUUCAAGAGAAACAGAAAUCUCAGAAAACACCAUAUAUUGUGCUAAGUGGGAGUGGGAAAAGUAUGAACGCAAACACCAUCACUAAAUAAGUAAAUGGGGAUGAGUCAAUCAUUUUAAGUGCAAACACACAUUUUCACACACAGGAUCUUUUAAGUAAAGUAACUGCAUGUUCUAGUUCAUGCAAGCUUUGUUGUUGUGCAAAAUUGUUGAAUAAAAUCAAUACAAAUGA